AUGAAUUUCAAGAACAACAGUGAACUCAUCGAUUUUGACCCCAACACCCGCGACGACAAUGAUCAUAUCGACAAGAUCCGCACCGAGAUCGCAGAAAGCGACGUCCAAAUCACCCAACCUACCUCGCAGCACCAGCCUACCGCAGCUCUGGAGGUCGCCAAGGAGCAAUUGACCGCAUCGAACACUGCAAGCGUCGAUGGACCCUCUCGCAUCGAGACAACGUGGCAGAUGAGAGCGACAGCUCAUAUUGAGCGUCGCAAAGCCGCAAACAGAAGGAAAAUCGAGGAGGCAUUGGGAAGAAAGGUGCUUCCAAGACUCGAAACAGCUACCUCUACCGACGAAACCGAAGAACACACCCGCAAGAGGCAGAAGGUCGACGUCGACGGUGACAAGGCACCUUGCGCUGGUUGGAACUCCGCCGAGACCGAGGAGUUGAGAAAGGAACUCCAGCACAAGCUGGAGACUCUCAAAAGCCAGAAAGAGACUAUCGAGCAGGAGUUUAGCGCUGCUAUCAGCCAGAAAGAGCGGGAGAUGUCUAGCGUUACCGAGUGUCUUAAAAUCAUCGAUUUCCCGCUCGGCCAGCUACUCCACUCACUACUCCACGCACACCACCGCGAACGAUGA